AGUUUACCUGAGGACUGUAACUUCAAUAUCAUUUCUUUUGGCUCAACCUUUAGAUCUUUAUGGUCUGAAUCUAAGUAAUAUUCCUAGAAAACCUUAGAGGAGGCCAUUAAACAUGUAAAUAAUAUGGAAGCUAAUAUGAAUGGGACUGAAAUUCUAAAACCAUUGUCUUAAGUCGUUUACAAUAAACAGUAUGGCAAGUCAAAAUCAACCACUUUGAAUGUGUUCUUACUAACAGAUGGGGAAGUUGAGGCCUUACCAAUAAUAGAUUUGGUGAAAAAGAACAAUUAAGCAGAAACCAGAGUUUAUACAUUAGGAAUUGGGGAGGGGUGCAGCUAAUUUUUAAUUAAGAGAUUGGCUGAAGUAGGAAAUGGCAAAUACUAAUUUGUUUCUGACAACGAAGACAUAAAUGCUAAAGUAAUUGAUUUAUUAGAAGAUUCAUUAACUCCUUAUUUAAAAGAAUUUACACUUUAAUCAAAUGUCAAUAACAUUGCUUAAAUAAUUCCAAAUCCAGAAUCUGUUGUGUGCUUAAAGAAGAAUUAAGAAUUAACUAUUUAAGUUUUAUUUUCUAUAGAUCAAUAAACUGAUAAUUUGCAAUUCACUUUGAGUUGCUUUGAUCCCUAGGAUUAGAAACCAAUCAAAUAUGAAGUUUCAUUAAAUUUACAUACUUCUUAAGAAAACGAAUACUUCCAUAAAUUAGCUACACAUAAAUUUAUAACCUUUUAUGAAGACAGCCUGAAUAAUGGGGAAAACGAUCUAAAUUUUAUUAAGAUUAAUAAAUAGUCAAUUGACGAUUAAGAUAUAAUUAACACAUCUAUAACACAUCAAAUAUUGAGUAAGAAAACAGCAUUUGUAUGUGAAGUUUGUGAAUUAGAAGAUAAUUUCAAAUAGCAGAAAAACUAAAAAGUGUAUAUCACUCAAAAUAAAAGAGAGAAUAAUGUAUAAUAAGAAAUGUAGAAGUGUUCUUUGUCAUCAAGAUAAAUACCCUUAUCCUAUAUGCCUAGAUCUAGACCAAUGUCCAAUUGUUUUAAAAAGUAAUCAUGUGUUCAAGAAUUUGCUUGCAAAAAAAAAUUAAGCAUUUCAAAAGUUGCAGAUCCAAGUUCAGAAGAUGAAGAAGAUGAAUCUAAAGAAGACAUUAAAUGCACAAAGGAGCUAAAACAACGAAAAUGCCAAAAAAAAAAUUAUGAAUGUGAUAAGAUUGAGGCUAUGAUUUAAGAAGAUUCUGAAGUUAGGAAAAAAGAGAAAAGCCGAUCAAGAGAAAAAUAAAUGAGAUUAAGAGGUUCAUUUCAUUAGGAGGAAGAUUUACCAAAGUAGUAAAUCACUUAGGUUUAUAAGAUUGAAUAUGAACAGGUAAUUUCAUAUGCCAAAGCUGAUGGUGCCUUCGAAUAUGAUUAAAUGUUCGAAUAGAAAUUAAAUUUUGAAGGAUGGAAAAACGAAUAAAACUAUCCUCAAAAUAUCUGGCUUACUUUACUUGCUUUGCUAUAUUUAGAUUAAUUCUGUUCUUAAAAUAGGAAGUCUUGGUAAUUGGUGUAUUAAAAGGGAAUUUAAUUCCUUUAGAAAAAUGGAGUAAAUUAUAAGCAGAUUAAAGAAGUGUACUUAUAAAAGUAAUUAGUACAAAUUUGAUAUUAUAUUGGG